AUGUCAGGCGACGACGCGGAAGUGACCAAGUCGCUCAAUCAUCUCGACGUGAAGGACGCCCAGGAGACCGACGCUUCGCGUACUCAUGACGACGGCGAUCAUCAAGUAUUUUCUUCUUCUUGUACCCCCGGCUCGGACGCGGCGGGUUCUGCGGGUGCGGAUAGGCUCACGGAGGUCACUCGAGACGUUGUAUCAUCUCCCCUCACCGAUCACAACCCUGAUGCUCUUCCCUUGUCAAUCCAUCCCGACUUCUCCAUCCAGACCAGCGACGAUUUCCUACUAGUUACCGACGACGACGUCGGAUUCUAUGUCAAGCGAUCUUUCCUCCUGGAGCACUCUGAAUUCUUCCGCGACUUUGAAGAGAUGGAUUCAGAUAUCAGACAAGACGACGAUGCUGGGAAAGGUCGUACCCAAGCCGUGCGAAGAGAUAUGCCGGGGGCGCUGUCAAAUGGCUUGCGGGUGGUGUUGCUCCAGCUCCAGGUCAAAGAGACAGAAUCCUGGCCUGACGUCUAUCUGUACGACAGGAAGCGAAAAAUAUUCCGUUCCCAAAGUAAGGGAUACGGGUACGACAUGAGGACCUGGUGCUUGCUUUCAAAAUCGCCGACCAGUACGGCUUCACCACAUUCUCAGCCCAGGCUCGCUUGA